GUAGACAAGUCUGUGAGGAUACAGGCACAUACAGGCACAAACAGGAACGUACCAUGGAAACAUCCCCCUCGCGUCGUGAUGGAACAGGCUCAAUCGACGCAGACCAACCACAUGCGCAUAAUCUCCUAGAUGUGCUUCGGCAGCUAGACAUCAACGCUGGGGACCGCAUUCUUGGCACGACGUCGGGGGGCAAAGGGUGGUCGGGCGCACGGCUCGCCUGCAAAGCGCUGCGCGAUUUUGUGGACGCCAACCUUCGCAGUGUGGAGCUCUGCUGGACAUGGAAUCGCGCGAUGAAGUCGCAGCCUCCUGGGGCCGCGCAGACCGGCUUCACCUCGCCUGUGGCGCGGUUCCGGCGCUGCAGCCUCUUGUCCAUAACAUUUAAAAGGGACGAGGAAGACGCGAAUGACGACGCGGAUGAAGACGAUGCGGAUGAAGACGAUGCGGACGAAGACGAUGCGGAUGAAGACGCGGUUGAAGACACGGAUGAAGACGUGGACAGCGAGCAUGGAGACGCCAUUCAGCACCCGGCGUUGCUGGCCUCCCUGUGCGUGGCCGGCGUGAGUGCCGAUGUGGCGCGCAACAUCACCGAGCUGCGUCUGAAGCUGCCCCUGGACCUGCCCUCGCUGGUCACCGUGGCGGUCGUGCUGGCGGGGACUCUGCGACACGUGCGCAUACUAGCGCUCGGUACGCAACCGUGCGGCAUUGGCAGGUAUGGCUUCUACAAUAUGCACGCUCUCCACACCAGGCUGCGUGCCGCUUUCCCGGCGCUUGAGGGGCUCAACCUCCCUGCCAGGCCCUGCCUGCGCGACCUAGAAGCUUUCGCCGGCAGCAGCCUACACACCGUGCGCGUCAUGGCGGAUAGCCCCGGCAUCCUGCGCAUGUCGCACGUGCGCAGCCUGGUGCAGCUGCCGCAGCUCCGGCAGCUUGACCUGGACGGGGAGGACUGGGGUACAGAAUGGGGCGGCGACGACUAUAUUUGGGAUGACGAGGACGACCAUGUGGGGUAUGAUAAGGCAGCGAACAGCCCGGCGGGUGCUGCUCUAAGGGACGCCAGCGAUGACGAGGCGUUCCACGGUAUGUUUGAUGAGGAUGUGGAGGAGCUGUUGACGGUGCGGCGGCUGCUGGUGUCGCCGCCGCCGGCACUGGAGCGCCUGCGGUGGCCUGGGCGGGCGUGGUUGGAGGUCGGGUUCACGGGCGGCAGGAUCACGUGUGUAGACCUACAUGAAGAUGACUUGCACCACGCCGCGUUGGUGCUGCUGCCGGUGCUGGCGGCGACGGGGCGCCGGCUGCCGCUGCUCAAGGUCAAGCGCAUGACCGAGCACUCCGACGACGUCAUAUCUCAGCUGCAGCCGCACACGCUCUUUUCCCGGCUGCUGGCGGCGACCGACCGCGUGGAGCUGGGGGUUUUGAGGUUGAUUAUUUGGCGCCAGCCUUCUGCCGAGGUGGCGGCGAGGUUGCAGGCGGUGGUGAGGGCGGUUGGCGGCAUGCCGGAGAAGCUCCAGUUUGGGCGUUAUUGGGUCUCAUACCUCAGCCUGCAGACACGGCCGCGGUACUCGGGAGGCGCAGGAGGGCACAGGCAGGCCGCAGGCAGCGCCGCCACGCCAGCAGCGCCUGCAGCAGUGACGGAGGUGACGGCGCAGCAGGUGCUGGAGCGGGCGGCGGCGCGCAUGUGGGACACGGCUGAGGCGGAGGCCGCGGCAACGGUGGCACGGGUGGAGGCUGCGAUAGCUGCAUACGAGGCAGAUGGGGAUGACAGGCGUCCACGCACCAGGCUUGACAACAUGUACGUGCUGCUGCGUGGGCCGCUCGUGUGGCAGCUGACCUGCGGGCCUGAUGGAGCAGCAAGCGGUGGCGGCGCGGCGCGGCUGAAGGAGUGGCUUGAGAGCCUGGUGGCCCGGUCGCCGCCGCCGGCCACAGCAGCAACAGCAGCAGCAGCAGCCGUAGCUCCGGGCAGCCCGGCGGGGACAGCGGCAGCGGCAGAAGCCCCUGGGGAAGUGAAGGUGCGGCGCUGCAGCUUUGCCGCCUGCGGCUUUGGCUCUGCCGUAGCGGUUGUCUGGUGCGAUGACCCCAUCGCAGCUCUGCAGCUGUACCGGGCAGCGGCGGCGGCGGCCGGCGAGGCGCCUGGCUGCCCGCAGGUGUCGGCAUGCAAGGCGGAUGACGGACACCUGGCGACCUUGGACAGUCAGUGCUGGGCCCCUGCCAUCAAUGAGGUGAUCCGUGAGCUGUGGGACGACCACCUCCGCUCCGCGCCAGUGCCGGCUGCUCCCACGGCAGAAGUAGGGCAGGAGCAGGCGGCACUCGGGGCGCGGGAUGCAGGCAAGGCAGUAACGAGGCCAGUCGGAAUGGCGGCGUGGGAGGGUGACCUGCAGUUCAUCGAGCACCUGUUGCUGUUGGUGGAGCAGGCGGUGGACAUCGUGUCUUGUGCCUGGUAGGGUUGUGGGCAUGUGAGGCAUUAAACCGUGUUAAAAGUGUGUGAGGUUCGGCCUACUGUGCAAGAGAACCUGUGUCCAAGUAUAUACACAACAAGGCUGUUGUCCAAACCGCGUAAUGCAGCGGUGGUGGGUGUGGAGCGGCCUGGGCAGGCGGCAGCGGAUCAGGGUGGGCGGCAGUGGGGCAGGGCGGGGUGGCAGCAAGGCGGGACGGGGCGGCAGUAGGGCAGGGCGAGGCGGUAGCGGGGCGGGUCGGGGCGGCGUGGGAAUGUGACCUGCAGGUCCUGCAGCGCCUGCUGUUGCUGACGGAGCAGGUACACAAGGCGGUGGCCACCUGCAAAUGAGUAUUCGUGCAUUCCUGCUAGCAGGAUUGUGGGCAUGUGACGCGUGAGAUAGACCGUGUGAGAGAUGUGUGGGGUGCGGCCUGCUUCGAGAGGGGCUUCUGUCUCAACACACAAAAGGCUCUUGUCCGAACAGCACGACGCAGCGGUGGUAGGUCCGGCAUGGUGCAUGCUGGCAUGUGGGUGACGGUAUUGAAGGCAGGUUGGCGGAAGGCAGGUUGGCGGCCGCAGCAGUACUGCAGCAUAGCAGUAACGCAGGGCGUAGGGGCGGCGGCAGGAUGACGGGUCGACAAGGUAGGCCGCCUUGUAUGGGAGGAGUGGCAUGUGGCAAAGCCUGUGCCGCCAGGACCUGUAAUGGCGGUUGUUGCUGUUGGGAGGCUGUGCAGCUCUCGCACGAGCAGUGUUCACCUUGGUGUGACCGCUGAGUAAGAGGCAACAACUUCACUUUUUGCAUUGGCGCGGUGGCUCCUUGGCUACCGCAUUUGUGUAGCACUACGGACGCACACGGGCAUAGGCGUACGGGCGCGUAUGGCAGUGCCACUUUGCCAGCGCCAUGCCCCGGCACGCAUGGCAGCCAUGUGUGGUAAGGCCUUGUUGAGGCGCCGCACACAGCAGCACACGCCAGCCCUGUGCCCAACCAGACAAGCAGACAACCAUUGCCCGUCGCCACUAAGCUGCUGUAAAUUACCUGGUGG